AUGCAUCAAUAUGCAUGCAAGCAAGCAGAUGCCUGCGUCUGCGUGGGCAUAUGUCUGUCUGAGUGUUACGUUACACAUUCCAUCUGGGAAAAUGGCGAGAUGAGUGGGACAAUAGUUAUGUUGGGUAUUGUGCUGCGGAAGGAGUGUGAUAUGAUCAGACCUGAUAUGACACGACCAUCAUCCAUGAUGCUUAAGUUAGUAGCGUACCACUUCCACCUGCUUGCUUUUCCAUAUGCAUCACAUAUUCGUUCAUUCGACCCUCGCAAUGAUGGAUGGACAGGCGUAACGACGGCGGACGGACGAACGGACGGCGGAACGGACGAACGAAAUGGAUGGACGAAUGGACAGAUGGAUGGAUGGACGAAUGGACAGAUGGAAUGGAUUGAUCGGACGGACAAUGAAUGGAUGAACGGAUCGGCGGAUGAAUGAAUGAACGGAUGGACAUGCGGAUGAAAUCCUCGAGUAGUUGGGAUUUAAUUGGAGACGAUGUCUUGCUAACAAAAAAUCCUUGUAUUAUGAAUGUGAACUGUAUCAAUAUUCAAUUAUUAUUGCAUCAGUUAGAAUCUGUUGGCG